CAAGACGCUGCUGCAGACAACUCAGACGAGCAGCAGAGUGGCAGUAAGCGUUCCAGUAACAGCACGCCUCCUCCCACUCAGCUCAACAAGAUCAAAUACUCUGGAGGUCCUCAGCUGGUGAAGAAGGAGCGCCGCCAGAGCUCCUCUCGCUUCAGCCUCACCAAGAACAGAGAGCUGCAGAAGCUGCCUGCUCUCAAAGACUCCCCCCCAAUAGAGCGCGAGGAGCUGUUCGUGCAGAAGCUGCAUCAGUGCUGUGUGCUGUUCGACUUCGUGAGCGACCCGCUCAGUGACCUGAAGUACAAAGAAGUGAAGCGAGCUGGACUCAACGAGAUGGUGGAAUACAUCACACACAGCAGCGACGUGGUGACGGAGAUCAUCUACCCCGAGGCCGUGUUCAUGUUUUCAGUGAACUUGUUCCGGACUCUUCCUCCGUCCUCCAACCCGACCGGAGCUGAGUUUGAUCCUGAAGAGGACGAGCCCACGCUGGAGGCCGCCUGGCCUCACCUGCAGCUCGUCUACGAGUUCUUCCUUCGCUUCCUCGAGUCUCCAGACUUUCAGCCAAACAUCGCCAAGAAAUACAUCGACCAGAAGUUUGUGAUGUCGCUGCUGGAGCUGUUCGACAGCGAGGACCCGCGAGAGAGAGACUUCCUGAAGACCAUCCUGCACCGCAUCUACGGCAAGUUCCUCGGCCUUCGCGCCUACAUCCGCCGGCAGAUCAACAACAUCUUCUACAGAUUUAUCUACGAGACGGAGCAUCACAACGGCAUCGCUGAGCUGCUGGAGAUCCUUGGAAGCAUCAUCAACGGCUUCGCUCUGCCUCUGAAAGAAGAACACAAGAUGUUCCUGAUCCGAGUUCUGCUGCCACUGCACAAAGUCAAGUCUCUGAGCGUCUACCACCCUCAGCUGGCGUACUGUGUCGUUCAGUUCUUGGAGAAAGAGAGCAGUCUGACGGAGUCUGUGAUCGUGGGUCUACUGAAGUUCUGGCCGAAGACCCACAGUCCGAAGGAGGUGAUGUUCCUGAAUGAGCUGGAGGAGAUCCUGGACGUCAUCGAACCCUCAGAGUUCAUCAAAGUCCAGGAGCCGCUCUUCCGACAGCUCGCCAAGUGUGUGUCCAGCCCGCACUUCCAGGUGGCAGAGAGAGCUCUGUAUUACUGGAACAACGAGUACAUCAUGAGUCUGAUCAGCGACAACGCCGCCAAAAUCCUCCCCAUCAUGUUCCCCCGCCUAUACAAGAACUCCAAGAGCCACUGGAACAAGACGAUCCACGGGCUGAUCUACAACGCUCUGAAGCUCUUCAUGGAGAUGAACCAGAAGCUGUUUGAUGACUGCACGCAGCAGUACAAGGCUGAGAAACAGAAAGAGAAAUAUAAGCUGAAGGAGAGAGAGGAGAUCUGGCACAAGAUAGAAGAGUUGGCCCAAAAGAACCCACAGAUCAAUAAGCUCCACCCCCUCCGCCCAGGACUCCACCCACAGGAAGAGCACAUGUUGUACAGUGACAGUACUGUGGCUGUGUACUCGAUGGAAACAGAGACUCCAACAGCUGAAGACAUCCAGCUGCUGAAGAAGACAGUGGAGAGCGAAGCCUCACAGGGUUUGAAGGACCUGAAGAAGGACAAAGUCCUAAUGAGGAGGAAGUCGGAGCUGCCACAGGACGUCUACACCAUCAAAGCUCUGGAGGCGCACAAGAGAGCCGAGGAGUACCUGACAGCCAAUCAGGAGGCUCUCUGACCGGGGGGGGUCGGUCCCGGUCCCUUCUGAUUAGGACUCUCUCCGAUUGGAGAAAGCUGAAAACUAGGGGGGGUCAGAUCAGGACGGAGCUGACGCUGCAUUCAAAGAAAGAACGAACGUCACGUCUGACCCCUGGUGGCCGAUAACGAGUCGGACACUGUGUAGACGUCGUGUUUCCACCGCCAUCUGUUCUCAUCUUCACCACCAAACGCCUCCAGGUGACUAAAGACUGAAGGUCCCUGAACACAUCACCAGCGGGCCUUUUUCCACUGCAGGAACCUAACGAGCUGUAAAUUAAUUUAUCUCCGAGUUCAGACUUUAAAUCCUUUCACCCGUCCAGAAUGAAAUUACAUUUUAUUUUCUAAAAGUCUCCAGUAAACGUUACAUCCCAUCGUUUUAUAAAACAAUGGUGUGAGUUACUGUGUAUUGGGGCGAAGGAAAAUAUAUUACGGAGUCGGGAGAUUAAAGUCGUACAUUUUUAAGAAAUACAUGUGAAUAUUAUGAUAUCACAAUUUUUUGAGAAAAACUUAAAUGUUCUCUUGAGAUCAAAUUCACAAAUUUACCAGAAAAAAAAAUCUUACACACUAACAACUAAUGCAAUAAUUUUCAUUUAUUCUCCUGGCUCCGUAAUUUAUCCUUUUUAAUUUAAACUGCAAUCGCCCUAUUGCUGCAGAAAUGACCCCUGGAGUAUGUUUCUGACGUAAAGAAAGGGUACUGAUGUUUGAAAGUCGUGUGAACAUCUGAAAGCUUUGGCUCAGUUUCAGAUCGUUCAGUUCCUGCUGUGGAAAAGAGCUCCAACACAUCUCGUCUGUCCCGUGACACCUGAACGCAGCACGGAUGAGUUCACUGACUCGCUCCAGAGCCACGCCUCCUCCACCUGACCCGACCAAUCAGCCGUCGGCACGGAUCAGCGGCGGCCUCGAGACCGAAGACAACGACGUGAAUGUAGACGUCCAAUCAGCAUCAACGUGGUUUAUUAUGUUUUAUUUUAAUGUUUGUCCGUCAGCGACUUCACACCAAUGAGAGAAGGCGUUUCCUGUCAGACACUUAAAGAUCAACAAUCCGAACGUGUUUCUGCAGCGUCCUCAUCAGGUCAAAGGUCAAACACGAAACGUUGUAUGGAGGCCAAUUUCUGCCCGUAAAAUAACUAAAUAUGAUGAAGACUUAAAAAGACCUCGGUCGAUAAAAUGAGAAACUGUCGCCAAAUAAUUUGCGUUAAACAUCAGUGUUUCCCCGGUGACACAGGGCGGAGCGGCUACGAGCUAAAGGCUAACGUUUCUCUGAGAACUUAAGAUCCAGACGUCCGUGGACUAAAGUCCUUCAUCCUUCAAAUAUAGAGUUAAAAACACCAAGAUGUGAAAACUCACUACAUAUACAGCA